GCGCCCAGGUUCGCCGGGCCGACAUGCUGACGUGAGGAGCGCAGCAGGUGCCCGCGGAUGUUGGGCAGGAGCCAGCCGGAUCGAGGUGGCGCCGGCGCUGGCGCGGCUGGGGAUGCCGGGCGGGGCGGGAGGCCGGGCCCCGGCAGUGUGCCCAGAGCCGUCCUCGGACGGGAGGGCGGGACCAAGCGCGGACCAGCGCCCGGCAGCCCGGCUGCCUCUGGGGAAUCAGACGCAAACUGCAUCCCCCUCUCGCUGCCAGCUCUCCAGGCGGGAAGCCUCCGAGGAGACAGGCGUAGAAGGAAGGGGAUGAGCAGUGGUUGGGGCUCUGGCGGAGAUGGAGGCAGUGGCCAGGGCAGGUAGCCUGGCAGGUGGCGGGGCGCGCACCCUGGCACAGGCCACGUGAGUCGGGCUGGGGACAAACGCGCCUCCCGGAGCUCCAGGGUUGCGGCGGGCCCCCACCUCCGGCGUAUGCGGCUGUGCUGAGUCAAGGAGAAGAUCGUCAGCACAGAAGUUUCUCGUGGGCGGCCGCGCUUUGUUCGCACCAGCCGCGCUCCAGGCACCUGGGGGAGGGGAGCGCGGGCGGAGCCGCCUUCGCGGGGCGGGCUACCCGGCCAGGGCAUGGGGCGGGUCCCCAGCCGCGGAGACUCCCGCCGCGCCCCUGUCCCCACCCUGCCACCGGAGGUCCCCGUGCCUGGCGCAGAGCCUUGGCUGGGCGACCCAGGCGCCCCGGGGUGUGGGCAAGGGGAGGGGGAGGAUGGAAACGAGAGUGCGGGCCCACCCUUGACGCCUGGUGGACACACUUGACCCCGGACCGGGAAACCGAGGAACCCGGGUCAGACGCAGGGACUUGCACCUCCUGGGAGCGGGCCUCUGCCGGCAGAACCGUGUGGGGAGAAGCUGGCUCGGGCAGUGUGGGUCAGCGCCGCUGUCAGCCUCGGCUGCCAGGCCUGUGUCGGUCUGACACGCUAAUGCCCGCGGUAGUUUUCCACAGGAGGGCACCAGCCUCCCAGUCCGGCUCCUGCUCUGCUCUUUGGAACUUAUCUUUCCUCUGUCUAAUCAGAGACGGGCUCGGGGAGCCCCUCUGGGACAUGAGAGCCCCAGCCCGGCCACGCUGCUAAGUUUUUAUUUGGGGCAGGGCAGGCACGUGGACUUCAGAGGAGGGCCAGCGCCUGGUUUUACCCACUCCGUUUAUGAAUCUGACGAUAGCCAUCACAUUACUGACGACAGGAGCUGUUUACUGACCAGUCAGCAUAUGCCAGGCCCUGUGCCAAGUGCCUUGAGUAGUAUCUCAUCUAACCCGCACAACACCAGCAGGAGGUGGCUACUGUCCCACCCAGUUUACAGAGGAGUAAACUGAGGCAUUGAGCCAUUAAGUGACUUGCUCACCAUCACACAGCUAGUUCGAGGUGGAGACGUUUGAAUCCAGGUUUGUGUGACUCCAGACAUCUCACAGCUCUGUCUCUGGUGGGGAGAAUUCGACCCAGGAGAGCCAGGAACAGUGUCCCAAAAGGUCGGCCUGCAGCUAAGGGGACAGGAGCCUUUGGCCAGCAUAGCCAGUAUCGUGGGACGUGGAGGGUCCUCUCGGGGAGCAAGCGUGCAGUGCUGGCUUUCCCACGUGCUGCUGCGGGGAGAGGAGGAAGGGCCUGUUGCUGGGCCCCAUGCUCCUAGCAGCCCUGCAUCGGGACCUGUGUCGCUGUCCUGCUGGGUAGGGCCGGCGGAUACUACCUGGAAGUUUUUCAUCGAGCUGCUUUGUUCUGGGUGGCUGUGACCUCCUCCACAGCUCCCUGGGUGUGGCCCGUGAGCAGGUGCCAGGUGGCUCCCAGCCGAGUUCCUCCCUCCGCCGUGGUUUGGUGGCCGGUGCCUGGAGGUCGGGCAGAAGGGUCGUGUGAGUGGAGGUCUUGGGACUGUCCUCUGUCCUUGUGAGAGGGCCUGACUGCAGGCGACUCAGCCCAGAGUCGGUCUCCCGGGCCUCAUCGGAGCCUUGCCUUGACAAACCCAAGGUUGCAGCUUGGGUUCCAGCUCAACAUCUGGCUUCCGAACAGCAAAGGUUUCCUCAGCUCCUUGUGAAAUCUGAGUUGAAUGACCAGCUUAGCAUUGUCUCUGAAAUGCCGUCCAUCUAGAAGUCUCUGUGAGUGUUACUCCAUUUCCCAGGACAGCACUGCUGAGCCAGUAUAAAUUCACAGCUCUGUGGACUCAUGCGCUGGAGCGAGUCUCUGCCGACUGUGCUGUUUGACCUGAGGCCUCCCCGUGGCUCACGGGCAGGUCGCCGGCCCAGAGCCUGGUGCUCGAGGAUGAGAGGGAGCUGGGCUGGGGCAGCUGGCCAGCGGGGGACCCAGAGGACUGCCCAGUCCUACUCCUGCUUCCUCCGUUGUUUCGUCCAGCUGGGUGUGGACAGACACCAUGAAAAUAUUCCUUCCGAAGCCACCUGGUCUCCUGCUCUCAGGCAUGGCAAAGAGCUCAUUGUCUGCUUUUGGAAGGGGAUAUACAAUAAUCCUCAGAACCUGAAGGCUGCAUUUGUUCCGGACAUCCAGCUGCUUGUCUGGCCGUGGUGUGGUCGUGGUGGGUGUGGGAGCUGACCACAGGGCAGGACCCAGUCUCUAGCCUGGCAGGUAAUCGGACAGGCUUCCAGGAUUCUGCCUCUGAGCAGGAGGGAGGCACCAGCUCAGGCCUCAUGUGACUGGGCUGUCGUGUGACUUAGUGGAGCCCGGGCCCUGCUGGAGGAAGAAGAGGAAACUGGCCUGGCUGCCAGCUCGCUGGACCCCAGCUUGCAUCCCCCCUAGGCUGUUCGUGAGGACUCGUCCUGCUGCUGGACCUGCUCAGCCCUCAGCCUGCUGUCCUCAGACAGCCCUCAUGUUCCCCCAUUGGCCGCGGCUCAGCCCCUUCCUGCCAGGGUUACACAGAAUUAGCCUCUCGGACCACAUUUCCAGGGGCAGGUGCAUGCCUUCACAGACCACAUGUCUUUUGCAAAAGCCACUCACGGUGUGGCCAGUUGAGGCCCACCAAGGACCAAAGGCAGAGCAGGGCUUCCUGGCCAAGGCCUGGCCGGCUCCACUUAUCAGUGCCCAGAGAGUCGCAGGCUCACGGGCUGUGGGGCCGUCAACAGGUCUUCUCCUCCCACGCGGGCCUGGCUCCAAGUGAGCACCCUCGCCCUGGGGGCUGCCUUUCUCCAUGGCUUUUUGAUCUGGGAAGACUUGGAGGUAGCUGAGGCCUCGCCCCUCGGCCCAGCCAGAGAGGGUGUGAGCUGGCGGGGCUGAGGGUGGUGCCUGCUCCCGCCCCAGGCUGGCGAGCAGUUUAUUGUGGGGUCUACCUCUCAGCAGGCACUGUGGGCCUGAUCUUUGGACCCACAGGCUCAUCCUGUGGACAGAGCCACCUCCCCCCAGCACCCCAAGCCCCGUGCGGCCCUUCUGCAAGUCUGUGUUUCUCACAAGCCCCACGUGGUGUCCAGACCCACUGUGAGCAGAGGGGCUGGGUCUUCCCCUCGGGGACCCACUGCUUCUUCCCUAUGAUGUCACGCCCCUGUUACAGUGGAGAAACUGAGGCCCAGAGAGGACUGAGGGGGGAGCGCCUGCCUGGCUCCAGGCAGCCCCUGUGCGUCCUCCCCCUGCGCGUGCCCCUGCAUGGCACGGAGACUGGCUUUGUUUCCAGCCCCAGGGGUCAAGUGUUAGGGGUCAGACGGAUGAGUGAACUUACACACGCCUCCCUCUGGCUUCUCCUGCCCUCCCCACACUCCUGGGCUCGGGCCAUGGGGACAAGGGUGGGAGCAGGAAUGUCUGUGCUGAGACAGCAGGACACUCCCUGAGGGACAGGCCCUUUCAUGCUCUCUCAGACAGUCCUGCAUUGUUAGCCUCCAUGCAAAGCAGCUGACCUCCCACCCGCUCACCUGCUCAUGGUCACCAGGUAUGCAAAUCGGGUGUACCGUGCACUGCAGUGGCCACCUAGAUCCUGCCACCAGCAUCCGCUCUAUGAAUAGCUUUGAGUCUCGUCUCCACUCCCGGACUCAUAGGAAGAGGCACCAGGAUGGAUGUAGGAGGCCAGAGAAGGGAGCUGCCUGCAGAGUCCCCAGGUCAUGAGGGGAAAGACUGAGGUCAUGAGGGUGGGGGUGGGGGGGGGAAUGGCCUGGGUGGCAGGGGCUGUGCAGGAGCCCAGGCAGGGGCUGCCAUGUUGGUGCAGGCACGUCCCAGUGGCAUGGGUUGCCACUGGCAGCCUCAGAGCCAUCAGGUGCAGCGAGAACCUACUGGCUGGAGCAUAAAGAGAAGGAGAAAUGAAACCUGUCAUUCUUCCCCUCCUGCUGAGUUCUGGGCGGGGUUCUGGGGGAGCCUGGGAGCAGCCCUACUGUUCUGGCCUGAGCUGCUGGAGCCAGACUAUCCCACAGGAGCCAGGCCGACAAGGACCAGGGGCCACCAGCCAAGGCUUAAAAUAUUGCUCUCAGUAAUCCUGUGUCCUUCCUACCUGCCCCGCUUUGUGGACAGCCUCCAACUGGGAAAUGAGUCCAUAUACGGGGCCCUGCAUGCGUGAGCACCCUUGGACAUCAGUGAGCAGAGACGGGGUGUGUGUUCCGGCUGGUUCAGGCCUUUGUUGACGCUGGAUCUCAGUUCUCACAGACCAGGCUGUGGGGAGCCACCCAGUGGGGCCACUGGCUUCUCACAGUGCAGCUGUCAGGGGCUCGUGAGGAGGAGGUGCAGGUGGAGGUAGGGGGGAGGUUUGGAAAGAGGGCGUGCUUUGAGGUGCAGCUGGUGGGCCAGGCCAGUGUGUGGGAGUCGAAAGAGAACUGUGGUCUCCUUCUAAAAGAGCGUGCAUGUGCACAUGCGCACACACACACACACACACACACGCGCACACACACACACGCACGCACACACACACACGCACACACACACGCACGCACGCACACACACACACGCACACACGCACACACACACACCCUCCCCCUCCCCCGAUGCCCCAGGUGCAGAGCCCUUGGCUGGAGGCGCCGGCUACACAUGAUCCUCCCCGCUAAUCGCCCUCACCUAAUCCCGCAGGGCUGUGACUCUCCCGAGGGCCUGAGGGCCUCAGGCAAUAGGAGGGCGACUCCCAGGAUGCCCUCCUCCUACCUCUCCCCUGCCCGGGGACAGGCCGGGGGAUGGGAUAAACUCCCCUGAGAGUGGGCGCCCUGCCUGCUUGCAAGGGCUGCGUGUUCACUGUGCCCUGGAGGUCGCUGCACGAGGAGGGUCGCGCUCUCCUUGGACAUGAGGAGGGGAUUUUCAGCUUCUGCGCCUCUCAGGCCAGGAGAGUCAUCUCAGGCUUCACUAGAGCUUCUCCAGCCUCAGAUGGUCUCCCACGAGAAAGCGGCAGGGAGAGGUCAGGCUGAGAGGUGAGCAGGUACCCCAGGGCCCGGCGGCCACAACGGGCUAGGGCUAGGGGUGGGGGCAGUGGGCAGAGCCACCAGCCCUGUCCCCUCCCCAAGAGGCCCCCUUCUUGUGCCAUCUUGGUUUGGGGGUCACGUGGCUGGAGCACCCAGGAGACCUUACCACUUGUCCAGUGUCAGCGGUCGAGCACAAGCCGUGGGGAGCAUCUGGCUGGGUGGGGAGAGUGACCAUCAAUAUGUGGGGUGAAGGACUCACCUCCCCUGAUGGGGGAUUUCAGUGAGUCUGUGUGUGCAUGGGAGAGGGCCCAGCCAGCACCAGGCCCACGGAAUGUUCGUGCACAGCGAUGGUGGUGGUGGGCAUCCUGUCAGAUGUCUUUCCCCACAGCCCUGUCCCGGGCCUGGUGGCAAUGUGGGCUUGGCUCCAGGCCACCUGCCUCUCACCUCCACCUGCUCUCCACAGCCUGUGCGGUUCGGAUUUGUAGCCGUGGGCAGCUUGGGUAGGGGCUGCGGCUCGUCAUGGAUACGAUGGUGUCCUGGGGGUCCCCGAACCCCAAUGCCAGCAAGGACCCCCCUACAGCAGGGGUUGGAAUAGAGCUGCUGCUGUGUCAGGCAGGGCGCCCCAGAGUAACACAGCCAAUAGGACAGAGAUAUACACACAUAUAAAGGUUUAUUAUAAGAACUUGGUCCAUGCGAUUCUGGAGGCCAGCAAGUCCCAAGAUCUGCAGUUGGCAAGCUGGGCCCAGGAGAGAUGAAGGUGUGGUCCCAGUCUGAAAGCUGGACUCAGCCGCUGUGACCAAAAUGCCCUUGUGCCCCGUGUCAGUCCACUGACUGCAGGACCACGUCUGGAGCAGAAUCUGCUUCCCCCAGUUUCCCGACAGAAGGGCAGCAGAGCCAUACAUCGCUGCCUAGACGCAGCCACAUGAGAUCUUGGUACAAACUCGGCACUUUCCUCCGGAAAACCGUGGACGCAGGACUGUCCUCAUGGCUGUGAGAUUCCAAGUGUCGCACAGCCUAGACUCGCUCAGGAUCCGGCCCCCUCUGCUGCUGGGGGGGGUACAUCCCAGGUGCCACCUGCUCCAUCUUCAGCCCGAGGGCCCAGCCUCCCGCUUCCUGACUCUGCUGUUAGGGGCCAAAGCCUUCCAGAGAGAAUCCGGCCUUCCAGCCAGGAAUGCGGUACCUGGAGCAGAGCUCUGGCGUCGUGAAAGAUUAUAAUAAACACUCGAACAGGCACUGUCACCCGAGAGCCGACUUGAUGGAGAAACGGCACCAUCACAGACAAGGUGGGAGGGCACCCCACAGUCACACGGCUGUGGGUUCAGGAGACUCGUCAGAGGCCGGCUCCUGACGGAACUCAACCUGUACGGCUGCAACUGCCGGCGGGUCAUCCGGCUAACAACUGAGAACAAACUGGCCGCUGGGACACUGUUUGGCGACUUCCACUGCUGGCACUGUCACCCCCUCGGCAGAGAUGCCCCAGCACUCAACGGGGGACAAGCCGCUCCUCUCCACGCCACAGCUGGUCUUCCCCAGCCUGCCCUCGGCCGUGGACAGCGGGUGUGGCCACACCCCCCCCAGCCGGCGGGCAUCGAUCGGCUCGCCUCUGAGCCCCGGCGCCCUGCGUUCCGCCACCCACAGCCCCCUGGACUCCUGCAGCCAGCCACUGUGCCAGCUGCCCGCUGAGAAGCAUGGGCCCCCGGCGGCCCGUGAGGUGCGCUACGUGUCGGCAGGGCCCAAGCGCCUGGCGUGUGGCUGGUGGGCCUUCGCCCCUGAGUGUCUGCAGGCCUUCAACACGCCCAGGGGCUUCCUGCUCUUCCUGUGCGUGGCCUCCUUCCUGCAGGGCAUGACGGUGAACGGUUUCAUCAACACCGUCAUCACCUCCAUCGAGCGGCGCUACGACCUGCUCAGCUACCAGAGCGGCCUCAUCGCCAGCUCCUACGACGUGGCCGCCUGCUUCUGCCUCACCUUCGUCAGCUACUUCGGGGGCAGUGGACACAAGCCGCGCUGGCUGGGCUGGGGUGUCCUGGUCAUGGGUGCCGGCUCGCUGGUGUUCGCGCUGCCCCACUUCACCUCGGGCCCCUACCAGGUGGAGGUGGACGAAGGCAUCGGGACGUGUCAGGCCAACCGCAGCGUGGCGUGUGGGAAGAGCACCUCAGGUCUGUCCAGCUACAGGCUGGUCUUCAUGCUGGGUCAGUUCCUGCACGGCGUGGGCGCCACGCCCCUCUACACUCUGGGUGUCACCUACCUGGACGAGAAUGUCAAGUCCAGCUACUCGCCAGUCUACAUCGCCAUCUUUUACACGGCGGCCAUCCUCGGCCCCGCAGCCGGCUACCUGAUCGGAGGCGCCCUGCUGAACAUUUACACAGAAAUAGGCCAACGGACGGAGCUGACCACGGAGAGCCCACUGUGGGUCGGCGCCUGGUGGGUCGGCUUUCUGGGCGCUGGGGUCGCCGCCUUCCUCAUCGCGGUGCCCAUCCUCGGCUACCCGCGGCAGCUGCCAGGCUCCCAGCGCUACGUGGUCAUGAGAGCGUCUGAAACACACCAGCUGAAGGACAGCCGCCACAAGGUGGCCAGCAACCCCGACUUCGGGAAAACCAUCAGCGACCUGCCCCUCUCCAUCUGGCUCCUCCUGAAGAACCCCAUGUUCAUCCUGCUCUGCCUGGCUGGGGCCACCGAGGCGACACUCAUCGCAGGCAUGUCCACGUUUGGCCCCAAGUUCCUCGAGUCCCAGUUCAGCCUGAGCGCCUCGGAAGCUGCCACCUUGUUUGGGUACCUGGUGGUGCCAGCAGGCGGUGGCGGCACAUUCCUGGGCGGCUUCCUGGUGAACAAGUUCAAGCUCCGCGGCUCGGGCACCAUCAGGUUCUGCCUGCUCUGCACCCUGACCAGCCUGCUGGCCGCCUCUGUGUUCUCCAUGCACUGCCCCAAUGUGCCCAUGGCCGGCGUGACGGCCAGCUACGGCAACAGCCUCCUGCCCCAAGACCCCUGGGAGCUGACAGCCGCCUGCAACGCCGCCUGCGGCUGCCGGCCAGAGCACUACAGCCCCGUGUGCGGCUCCAACGGCCUCAUGUACUUCUCGCCCUGCCACGCGGGGUGCCCCGAGGUGGCCGCGCCAGGUCCGGGCGGCCAGAAGGUGUACCGAGACUGUAGCUGUGUCCCUCAGAAUUUUUCCUCUGGUUUUGGCCAUGCCACUGCAGGGAAAUGCAGUUCAACUUGUCAGAGAAAGCCCCUCCUUCUGGUUUUCAUAUUCGUUGUAAUUCUCUUUACCUUCCUCAGCAGCAUCCCUGCGCUGACUGCCACCUUACGGUGCGUCUGUGACCAGCAGAGAUCCUUUGCGCUGGGAAUCCAGUGGAUUGUGGUUAGAACUCUAGGCAGCAUCCCGGGGCCCAUCGCCUUCGGCUGGCUGAUCGACAAGGCGUGCCUGCUCUGGCAGGACCAGUGCGGCCAGCGGGGCUCCUGCUUCCUGUACCACAACGCAGCCAUGAGCCAGUACAUGCUCAUUGCCGGGCUGGUGUACAAGGUCCUGGGCUUCCUCUUCUUUGCUGCUGCCUGCGUCCUGUACAAGCCCCCAUCGGGAUCUUCCAAUGGCCUGGAAGCUUCUCUGCCCAGCCAGUCCUCAGGCUCUGACAACCCCACAGACCUCCAGGAUGCCCCCACAGACCUCCAGUUCCAGAGUGAUGUCUGAUGUCCCACCCCCCGCCCAGGGGCAUGGGCCAGCCACUUGGCACUUACCACAACACUGCCUAAUCUCUCCCCAAAAGGGCUGACCCUGCUGAUUGAUCUCCCAGCACUGAGGACCCUUCCAAAAUCUCCCACUGGGUUCUGGGGGGCACUGAGCGGAAGGGGGUGUGUCCCAGCCCAAAGGUGCCAAGGAAAAAGAAUGCAAGACACACCCAAAGUGGACACGCCACCCUCCUGGCCCCACCGGCCUGGCCCCUGGGCAGUGGGAUGACCGCUCUCCCACUAGGAAGGCGCAAGGCCCCACAGCGCCCGAGGCGGUGCCACCUUCCAUCCUUCCUCCUGCUCAUUUCACACACAGUGGUUGUUUCCCAACGGACGCAGCCGAACAGCAUAGACUGGAGCCUGGGGACCCCCCAGACACGUUAAGGGACACUGAAGCAGUCACACCAUCUCUCCGUACCUCCCUCAGGGCUUGUGGAAGAGCAGAGCCACCUGUGGGGUUACGUGAGAGGCUCCCAUCUUUGGUUUCUUUUCUAAAUGGCCGAUGUGUGGAUCUGGCGGCCGCCUGUUGGUUUAGAAGUUGCUGUUCCCACGAGAGACGGAGAAGCACCUGCCACGACCUUUGAUGCACACACAGGCCUGGCCCAUGGUCUUUAUUGAUGCUGCACUGUGCUGUGGGGAGCGCUCUAUGGAAGGGACAGAGCACUGACCCCACCACGGGGUGCUGGCAGGCCAGCCGGCACUUCUCAACGGUCCGUCCACUUCAUCUGGUGGCUGACCUGGCCCUGACCUCCUGGUGAAGGGAAGCUGGGUGUGAGGCCAUCCCCAGGGCGCGUUCCUCCUGGAGCCUUCUCCUCGAUGUGUUCACAACCUGCUGUCCUGGAAGCCACAUGGCCCCGCAGUGGGACAGGAGCAAUGCACAUAAGCAUGUGAUUACAGACCCGUGUUUUGCAUAAACGCUUAUUUAUAGAAUUUGUUUUACCUUUGGUGUGGUGGGCAUGGCAGCAAACUCAGAGGCACCUGUGAAUUCUGCCUGGAGGGCACAGGAGUUUCCUGGACUGUGUGUUUGUGGGCAUUCUGAGCUAAAAUUGCGUGUAUGUUAAUAUAUUUUAAUAUUUAAAGCACA